AGGUCACUGUCACGAGGUAAACAGAAGCAGCUUCCGCAGUGAACUGAACAGGCAACAGUUUGAGUGAAAUCCUCCAAAAUGGGGCACUUUACUUUUCUUAUUUUUGCGGCUUUAUUGUCCGUGUUAUCUGCCCAAUUUAUCCCACCGUAUACAGAAGACUGUCGGGCAGACAUGUAUCCACCAAAGGGUCCCACGUUCAACGGAGCCGUCAGCUGGUACACUGUGGACCUCGACUCCCCGCCCAGCAAGAGAUGGACAGCUCUAAUUACUGACAAGAAAACAGAUCUGGUCAACAUGAUUCAGGCCAUCAGAGACUUGGCUAAUGCUUUUGUUCCGAGUGGGAGGCUGAUAGAGCUGGUGGACGUUACGCUGCCUAUUAUGGCGGACACAUUCCCAAAGCCUUUUGGUGAGGAAAUGAAAGGAAUCGCAGAGGUUUCAGGGGUUCCUCUUGGUGAAGUUGUCUUGUUCAACAUCUUCUAUGAGGUGUUCACUGUGUGCACAUCAGUUGUAGCAGAAGACAAAAAUGGGAACCUCAUCCAUGGCAGAAAUCUGGAUUUUGGAUUAUUUAUGGGCUGGGACAUGAAAAACAAGUCGUGGAUCAUUAGUGAGAAGCUGAAGCCUCUGGUGGUCAACCUCGACUUCAAGAGAAAUAAUCAGACCGUCUUCAAGUCAACAAACUUCGCUGGAUAUGUUGGGAUGCUGACUGGCAUCAAGCCUCACUUGUUCACUCUCACUAUGAACGAGCGCUUCAGUCUGGAUGGAGGAUACAUUGGAAUCCUGGAGUGGAUCUUGGGAAAGAGAGAUGGGAUGUGGAUGAGCUUCCUCACUCGCUCAGUUCUGGAAAAGGCCAACAGCUACGAGGAAGCCAAAAUGCUCCUGGCUCAGACCAAGCUGCUGGCUCCAGCGUACUUCAUCCUGGGAGGAAACCAGACGGGCCAGGGCUGCAUCAUCACCCGCUCCAGGCUGCUCAGCAUCGAUAUCCUGGAGAUUGACGUGAAGCUGGGCCGUUGGUACGUCUUGGAGACAAACUACGAUCACUGGAAGGAGCCUCUGUUCCUGGACGACCGCAGAACUCCUGCCAUGAAGUGCAUGAACCAGACCACGCAGACAAAUAUCACACUGAAUACCAUGUAUGAUGUCCUCUCAACCAAACCAGUACUGAACAAGUUGACGACGUACACAACGCUGAUGCAGGUGUCUGAGGGUUCGCUGGAGUCGUACAUCCGCAACUGUCCAAACCCCUGCAUGCCCUGGUAACACUCGACCCCUGAACCCAGAUCAGUUUGUGGAUAACUCAGAGGGGAGGCUGUGAUGCUCAGCUGAUCUCGGGUCACAAGUUGAGGUUGCUCCUUUUUAACUAUUGCACAGAUCUCAAAUCAAAUAAACCAAAGUUUGUUGUUACGUUUUUCUGAUGAUUUAGGAAUCCUUAAAGCUUUGAUAAAAAGACUUGAUCCUUAAUUUGUUGCCGUUAGGGGAAAUUGAUAGAGCGAAUCAAACUUGUAUAAAUGUUUUCCCUCACAGUUUUUACUGUAAUUAUGUGUUAUUUGCAAUAUGAGUGCAUGUGAAUCUCAACAUGGGCGUAGGGACCCCGGAGAUAAACACGUGUUAAUUAAAUGAAUGCAAACUAUUGUUUUGUUUGAUACCUCGACUGCAGUCCACUCACCAGCUUGUGCCUCCACACCGUGACCCUGAUUUAGUCUUAUUUUGCACAGGUUGCCAGUUAAAAUGCCAAGAACUAACUUACAGGUACUGAGACCACUGAUACUGACUAAUGUACCUCAAAGGUGUCCUUCACUGUGUAUUCUUUUUUUUUUAAAGAUGGUUAAUAAAAUGAUUCUGAAAUUUAA